CUUCGACUGUGACUCGAAUUUCAGGUUUGAUUGCACACCGAUAUGAUAGAGGAUGAAGUAAAAAUAUGUUCCACUGAUCAGCACGAAAGGUAAAUUAUAUGUCGACAUCAACAUUCGGCUGGCCGGUAUCUGUUGAUACUAUUUUGUUAGUCAAUGAAUGAUGUCAAUGGGAACUUGCCGAAAAGGGGCCCUUUAUGUUUUUUGUUCGUACGGAAGAACUUGAAGGGAGAUUUUGAACAUGUCAACCAAUAGGUUUAUGAAAAUGAUCAGCAGCUUCCCAAUGGAAGUCGGCAGAUUCCUGAAUCCAAAUGGAAGAAAACAAGACCAAAGCAAACAAUAAAGUCGGCAUUCAGAAAAAGCACGAUAGAAAGUCUCCAGUGCGUUGACAGGGUUAUGCACUUGCAGUUCCUUUGCGAAAAAAGAACCCAACUUUCAAAUAAAAGAACUCACAUUCUUGCUCUGCUGCAUUUUUUUCCGCUGCAACUCCAUGAUUAUUCCAGCAGUGGUUCUUGUUUCACUAAGCUGGAUGAGUUUGUGCUAUUAUCCAACUUUCGGAGCAGGAAGCAGCUGCAGGGAAUCAGAAAGAGAAGCUCUUUCCAGAGUGAUGGCCGAUCUCCAAGACCCUUCAGGCCGGCUCUCUCCACGAGCUGCAGGCAGCAACGGAGACUGCUGCAAUUGGCCUGGCGUCGUAUGCGACAACGUCACUGGUCAUGUCACUGAGCUCCAUCUGGAUUGUCCUCAAUGUUCCGAGGAUUCUACAUUUAAGAGUAAGAUCAGUCCUUCCUUACUCAAGUUGAAGCACCUCAGUUAUCUGGACAUGUCAGGAAACAAUUUCCAAGGGACUCCGAUUCCAGGAUUUAUUGGCUCCAUGAGCAGCUUGAAAUCUCUUUUCCUUGACGAGUCUGGAUUUGGGGGAUUCAUCCCUCAUCAACUUGGGAAUCUCUCCAACUUGCAACAACUUGGCCUCCGGGCUGCUGCUGGUGAUGAUGUUGGGGAUGCGCCAUAUGCUGAUAGUUUGCGGUGGCUUUCUGGUCUUCCUUCGCUAGAAUACCUUGAUUUGAGUUACGUGAAUCUCAGCAAUGCUUCCGAUUGGCUCAACAUGAUAAACACUCUCCCUUCUCUUACAGAAUUGUACCUGUCAAGCUGCCAAAUUCCACAUAACCCACCUUUAGCAAGAGCCAACCUAUCAUCGUUAUCGACUCUUGAUCUGUCCACGAAUCAAUUUGGUCCGACUUCAUUUCCAAGCUGGGUUUCUCAAUUGACAAGCCUGACUUCCUUGGAUCUAGUAGGAAACAACCUUCAAGGUGCAAUUCCAGGGGAGCUUCAAAACCUUACCUCCCUCAUAUAUCUUACACUGUCUUCAAACAAGUUCAAUGGUCCCUUGCCAAAUUGGUUGUUCAGUUUUCGCCACCUCGAGUACCUCGACAUUUCUGCCAAUAAGCUGGAAGGCAGGGUUCCUAAUUCCAUUGGGAACCUGACAUCUCUGGUUACUCUCGAUUUGUCGUACAAUCGGGGUCUUCGAUUUGAAGGAGGGAUUCCAGCAUCAUUCAAAAGCCUCUGCCAUUUGAGUGUACUAUACCUGUCAGGCACAAGGCUGAAUCAAAGUGUAUCAGAGUUGCUCGAAAUCCUUGGAGAGUGUCCUUCUACCAGUCUAAAGCGAAUGUCGCUGUCAGAGUGCCAGCUGUUUGGUCAGUUGAGCGAUGAAAUUAGGAAGUUCAAGAGAUUAAGUCGCCUUUCCCUACAGAUUAACUCCAUUUCUGGACCAAUUCCGAUGUCAUUCGGGGAACUAAAAUCCUUGACAUAUGUAACCCUCGCUAGAAACCAGAUCAAUGGGACAAUUCCCACAAGUUUUGGGGAACUUUCCGAGUUGACGUGGGUUGAUAUUUCUCUCAACUCUAUGGGAGGUGUUAUCUCCCCUGACAUCCACUUCGCCAAACUCACGAAGCUGGCUUGUUUCUUUGCAUCUGGGAAUCGGAUGACGUUGGAAAGUAGACCAGAUUGGAUUGCACCCAAGAUGCUCGAGAUACUGCACUUGAAUUCCUGGUACCUCGGACCUGCCUUCCCCAAAUGGCUCCAAGGGUUUCAGUAUCUCAAGUCUCUUGAUCUCUCCGACUCUGGAAUUUCAGAACCCAUUCCUGAUUGGUUCUGGAGCACGCAUUCUCAGUUCUACUAUCUGAACAUGUCACAUAACCAAAUCCCUGGACGGAUUCCAAAAUUUAUCUCAGUUAGUUCCUUUGACUCGUUAUUUGACUUCAGUUGGAAUAGAUUGGAGGGGCCUCUACCGGUUAUCUCCUCCAAUUUUACUGCAUUGGACCUUUCCAGCAACUUAUUUACCGGGAACUUGCUAAAGUUCUUGUGCUUUAAUCCAACUCAGGCGAGGGACACAGAGUUUCUUAACCUUCAAGACAACUUUCUCUCUGGAGAGAUACCCGAUUGCUGGAGGAGUUGGCAGAACUUGAGGGUUUUGAGGCUGGGCAGCAACAACUUGAAAGGUAAGAUUCCGAGGUCAAUUGGAAGUUUAACCUCCCUUGUUUCACUACGUCUCCAGAAUAACAGCCUGGCCAAUGAAAUCCCUUCAUCAGUCAGUAACUGCACUAGUCUAGUAUCUAUCGACUUGGCCGAUAACAGGUUGGAAGGUAUGCUACCAGAGUGGAUGGGGAAAACCCUUUCGAGUCUCCGGAUCAUCAACUUUCGAGGGAAUAAGUUGCAUGGAAAUAUUCCUGAAGAGCUAUGUCGUCUCCAGCUCCUGCAAAUCUUGGACCUUUCUCAUAACUCGCUUUCAGGCGAAUUGCCAGAAUGUAUUUCCAAUUUCAGCGCCAUGGCAAACAGCUCCAAAAGUGAUGCAGAAGGAGUAAUAUACCUCUUCUUUGGCGGGGCGAAAUCAUUCGUGGAGUAUCAAUUCCUGGUGACACAAGGGCAGGUUAAGGGUUACAGCACCAUACUGAAUUACGUCAGGAGUUUGGACCUUUCCUGGAAUAAGCUAUCAGGAAAGUUUCCGGAGCAGAUGACGAAGCUAAUGGCCUUGCAGUACCUGAACAUGUCUCAUAAUUUACUGUCAGGUGAGAUCCCCGGGGAAAUAGCUGCCAUGGGAUCGCUGGAAUCCUUGGACUUAUCUGGAAACCGAAUCUCAGGGAAAAUCCCUCCAGGAUUGGCAAGUUUGACAUUCUUGAAUCACCUCAACUUGUCACACAACAACUUGAGUGGGAGAAUUCCUUCAAGCACCCAGCUCCACAGUUUUGAUCCAUCCAGCUUUAUCGCAAACAAAGGACUUUGUGGUCCUCCGUUGAAUGUAAGCUGCAACACGAGUUACCUUUUUAGCGUACCUGAUUCUGGUGAGGAUGGCUUGGUUUGGUUCUCCGGAAGCAUAUAUGCUGGUUUUUUGGUUGGGUUUUGGGGCAUAGUUGGUUCUAUAAUAUUCUCCAGACCCUGGAGAGAGUUGUAUUUUGGUUUCAUGGAUCACAUGGAGUUCAAGCUGUGGACGUUGUUGAAGAAGCUGUAGGUCCACAUCCCCUUAUGACAUAUCUAGUACAAAGGGUAGAAGUAGUGAAUCGACGUUGCCUUUGUCAAGCUCAUCACUUAUCUUAGUACUCUUGAACUUCACCAAUCUUUGUACAGAGAAAAGAUUCACCUGUGAAUAUGGAGAGAAAAUUAUCCUUCUAAUCCUCGGCUUCUUCGGUGAACAUCUAUAGUACACUAAGAACAACAAAACCAACCAUAUUAACACUAAUUUUCUUCUCAUGGUUCCCUUGAUAUGACUUCCCAUAAACAUGGUAUAGAAAAUGAGAGGUUACAAACAUGAGAAUGGUCAGAAUUCAGAAAUCGUUAAGUAUAAAAACAGGUUUGUGAUCAAUACUCAAUGCUUGCUGCAAUGUUAUUUAGUCCCUACAAAUUUGUAGUUUGGACAUCAGACGCCAUUUUCCAAGCAUUGAAAUCCAAUGAAAAGGAUGAAUGCUAAUUGACGAUAAAAGGAUCAGGUCCAAUUAAGAGAUCUUUGUUUAUAACCUGGAAAUGGAGGCUGCGCAUUCGUCGUCAUUCUCCGGCUAGGCAACUUGACUACAACAGACGGCAGCUGCUAAUUGCAGCGUCUCUUCUUCUCCUAAAUCCAGAGACCUUGGCUAGCCGCCAACAGAAAGGGAAGACCUUCACUAUCCGGGGUGGGUGAAGAUCGACGUCCGAGACAGGGAGAAGGGAAUGCGACGCGGCGCGAUGGUCGAGAUCGACGGCCGAAGACGGGGGGAGAACGGAAGGCGAUGCGGCCGGCCGGCCGUCAGUUGGAUUCUCAUUCUCUCUAACUGCCAAUUUCCUCUGGAAGAGAAGAGCAUUCUGAACGGCAAGAGUCAAACUUGGGCUGCCGCCAGGUUGACUACGAAGGGGAAGAAACGCGGGGAAACUCC